CAGCUGUUGGAAUAGCUCCACCUUACGUUAAUAGUAUUUAGUUGAAAAAGUAUCUUUCAGUUUGCAAAUACUUUAAAACACAUAAAACGCACGGAUAAAAAGCCGUUUAUUUAAUUUUAAUAGUUCUUACUUUUUACGAUGUCGUCUUUUACAUCCACAAGUUGUAGGGCAUGUCUAAGAGAAUCAUUGGAGGAAUCUUAUUUUGAAAUGAAUAAACAAUGUUAUUUCUCAUCAGAUGAUCGCAAUUUUGUGGAUAUUUUUAAUUUUUGCACACAUCUUCAAGUAAAACUAAAUGAUGGAUUUCCCCAAAGGAUCUGCAAAGAGUGUGCUCAAGAUUUACAACAAACUUAUGAAUUUUUACAACGGGUCUUGUCAAGUGAUAAGAAAUUAAACAUUUUAAAACGAGAUAAUAAAGUUUAUUGUCAUGAUGAUGAUGUUACGAUUAAAGAUCCUUUAGAAAAUGCUACAGACAAUGAAGAUACUUUUGAUAAUGACAAUAAAUCUGAAAUUAUUGAAGAUAAGAAUAAAGAUGAAUAUUAUCGUACUUUAUUAGAUAACGUUGAUAAUACUGUUGAAGAUCCCCACCACCAGCACAAUAACAGCACUCUUAACUCCCCUUAUCAUAGUGACAGCAGCAGUAGUAAUGAUAAAGUUGAAGGCGAUUUUUUCAAGUCAGUAGAAUCACAAAUUUUUCCCACAGGUCGUUUAAAAUGUAAAAUCUGCAACAAGGCUUAUUUCACCAAUAUUGGUCUUGAAGCUCAUAUGGAUGUACAUUUACCUAAGGGAAAAACGAUUACUAAAUCUUCAUUAAUAGUUGGCAAAUAUAUAAAAAAUAAGAAGAAAAUCUUAAAGAAUACUGAUAUUUCAGAUGAUGAUGAAGAAAAUACCAAUGAACAGAGUGCUAAGACGAAAUUGCCAAAACCAAAGAAAAUGUUUCCUUGUGAAGUUUGUGGUAAACAAAUGAUAUCUGCUUCUAAAUUAAGAUAUCAUAUGGUAAUGCAUACCGGCGAAAAGGACUAUUUAUGUACAAUGUGCCCUAAAGCUUAUUCAACGAUAUAUGCCCUUAAACAUCAUAUGCGCGCCCAUACAGGAGAACGUCCGUAUGAGUGUAAGUUCUGUGGUGAUCGUUUCCUACGACCAACAACACUAAAAAGUCAUAUGCGUCGUCAUACCGGGGAACGGCCGUACGGUUGUGAUAUAUGCGGCAAACGUUUCAUACAACACUCAUCAAUGGCAACACACAUGAAACUCAAUCAUAUGGAUAAAACUAUACCCUGUCCGUAUUGUGAUAAAAAAUACGCCCGACAAACUGACCUAAAUACACAUCUGUUAAGUCAUAGUGGGGAUAAGCCAUUCGCUUGUCAAAUGUGUUCAAGUCGUUUUACACGACAAUCCAAUCUAAAUAAACAUAUGAAUCAACAACAUUAUGGUGACAAUCAUAAUUCGGGAGAUAAAAAAUCUAAAAAGAAAAGUACAAAGGAUGUGGUCAGUAAUGAAGUUAAACAGCAAACGGAGGGGAAUGAUAAUAAAAAUUUACUAAAAGAUGAUUUUGUCGUCAUAGAAGAACCAACUUGUUCCUCGCAUUUAAAUCCUACCACCCUUAAGACGCAAGAAACUGAAUCAUCAUCCAUUAGCAGUUUUCAACAAAUGACAGUCAUUACAAAUGCACCGCCUGAUGACCAAUUAAAUAAUUGGGACUGGCCUAAUCAGACUUAAAGUUCUACUUAAACUAUCCAAUAUGUGCCUUAUUAAUAUCCAAAUGUAAUCUUCAAUCUAUUUUUAAUAUACUACCAAUAUAUAACUUUUUGCAAAAGAAAUAAUUUUGUAGUUAUCCUUAAAUAUUAAAACAAUAUUACUCACUUGGUUAAAACUCCGUGUUUUUGCUUCAUUGAAAAACAACUUUUAUUUAGGAUUAUCAAUAUUUUUUUUUUUUUUUUUGCAAUAUAUUUACUUAUUUACAUAAAUUUAAUUGUAAUUUUUUUCAGUUUUUUUAUAUAAUUUUUUCAUGUA